AUGGGUUCACCCAUAGCCAUUGGGCUAGUCAUUCUCAGCCUGCUCUACCUCCUGGGGUCUUGUGAGGAAAAAUUGGAAGCUACGGGAAGGUUAAUCGCCGGGGAAGCUCCUUUCCACCUCGUCCAGCCCUCUUGGCGGCAAAGCCAUGUGCGGCGCCGCCACCACCUUGCUCGCGCCGCCGCCGUUGCCGUUGCUGCUGCUGCUACUGCUCCUCCCGCGGCCGCUGCCGCUGCCUCUCCUGCCGCUGGCCGCUCCGGGCUGGGCCGCCCAGCCUCUAACUUGGCGAGUCCGUGGCGGGCGCAGGAGAACGACGCCAAGACCGUGACUUGCUGCCUCUUCAAAGAGCGGGAGCCCGACGGCGGGGCCUCCCGGGCCCGGGAGCUGCUGCCGGCCGGGGAAGGACGCGGCCGCCUCUCGCUGCUGGAGCAGGAGCUGAAGGCCGUCACCUACGCGCUCCUCAAGCGCCUCAAGGAGCGCGCCCUGGACAGCCUGCUCGAAGCCGUCGAGUCCCGCGGCGGGAUGCCCGGCGGCUGUGUCCUGCUCCCGCGGGCGGCCGAGGUGCGCUUCGGCGGCCAGGCCGCCCCCCCGCACCUGCUUCUGGGCAAGCUCUUCCGCUGGCCGGACCUCCAGCACCCGGGCGAGCUGAAGCCCCUGUGCGAGUGCCGGAGCUUCGGCCUCCCCGAGGGCCCCACCUUGUGUGAACGGAGUGUGGUGUGUUCACGGAACUAUUUUACAUUUGAUCUGUGUGGUUGUGUUGUCGAUGAAUCUCCACCCCCUCCUUACUCCCGGCUGUCUCCGAAUGAUGAGCAAAAGCCACUGGAUCUUUCAGAUUCCACGUUGUCUUACACUGAAACAGAGGCUACAAACUCCCCCAAUAUUAUUGCCGGAGAAUUUUCAGAUGCCAGUAUGUCACCUGAUGCUAUAAAACAAAGCCACUGGUGCAACGUUGCCUACUGGGAACAUCGGACUCGUGUUGGACGCCUCUACACAGUGUAUGAACAGUCUGUCAGUAUAUUUUACGACCUACCUCAAGGAAACGGCUUCUGCCUUGGACAGCUAAACCUAGAAAACAGGAAUGAGACUGUCCGCCGGACUCGAAGUAAGAUUGGAUACGGGAUUUUGCUCAGCAAAGAACCGGAUGGCGUUUGGGCUUACAACCGCAGUGAACACCCAAUAUUUGUUAACUCACCGACACAGGACAUUCCCAAUUGUCGGACUUUAAUUGUGCGCAAAGUGAUGCCUGGCUAUUCAAUAAAGGUCUUUGAUUAUGAGAAAUCUUGCCUCUUAAAGCACACCACUGACUUGGAAUAUCCAGAUGGACCUUAUGACCCAAACAGUGUCCGGAUUAGUUUCGCAAAAGGCUGGGGCCCUGGCUACUCCAGACAGUUUAUCACCUCUUGCCCAUGCUGGCUAGAAAUUUUGCUCAACAACAACAACAACAGAUAGCUGUCAGCCUUGGAGGAGAGCCAGAUGGAACACAGACAAUCCCAAGAUAUCAUCUACCUAGAUUUAAUAUAAAGUUUUAUAUAUUAUAUGAAAAUAUAUAUUAUACUUGUAAUUAUGGAGUCAUUUUUACAAUGUAAUUAUUUAUGUACGGUGCAAUGUGUAUAUGGACAAAAAAAGGAAAAUGCACUUUGGCUUUUAAAUUGUUCAGUACAAUUUUUUUAAAGGAGAAAAAAAAUUAUACAGCAAAAUUGGGAGUAUUAGCCAUUUUUUGGCUGUGUAGUUUUUUUUGUUGUUGUUUGUUUUUUGUAGUAAUACCCAGACAAGAAGCUAAUACCAAUCACUCAUUGAUAAUAAAGUAUUUGCAUUAUA